CGAAUUAUUAUUUCGUUAGAAAAUUACCCACAAUCCCCUCUCAGCCCUCUUCCUUUCUCCGCUGCCGUCAUGAAGGUCGAACUCUGCAGCUUUAGCGGAUAUAAAAUAUAUCCCGGCCAUGGCCGGCGAUAUGCCAGGAUAGACGGAAAGGUUUUCCAGUUCCUCAAUGCAAAGUGCGAGUCAGCCUUCCUUUCUAAGAGAAAUCCCAGACAGAUCAACUGGACUGUGUUGUACAGGCGCAAGCACAAGAAGGGCCAGUCUGAAGAGGUGACGAAGAAGCGCUCUCGCCGUGCGGUGAAGUUCCAGAGGGCCAUCACCGGCGCCUCCCUGGCCGAGAUCCUGGCCAAGCGGAACCAGAAGCCCGAGGUGCGCAAGGCCCAGAGGGAGCAGGCCAUCAGGGCUGCUAAGGAGGCUAAGAAGGCCAAGCAGGCCACCAAGAAGCCGUCCGCCACGAGUGCCAAGGCACCGGCUAAGACUGCACCUAAGCAGAAGAUCGCCAAGCCAGUGAAGAUGAAUGCCCCACGUGUGGGUGGAAAACGCUAAACCACAGCUUGUUUACCUGUUUAACAAUAAACAUUUUGGUUUAAAGUG